UUUCCAACAUGGAUGUGCACAUGACCAGCUAUCUCUUUUGAAUUGAUGUUCUAAUUAAUUAAACCAUUAAAUCCACCUCAUCUUUUUUUAUUAGGGACAAUGGCAGCGGUAACAAGUCCGGAAACGACACCUCAGCCCCGGGUUUAUUUUCAAACACCUCCCGGUACCGAAGAAGAAGUGCCACAGAAACAAGGACGAGUGACCGUAAAAUAUGACAGAAAAGAGCUGAGGAGGCGACUGAAUUUGGAGGAGUGGAUAGUUAGCCAGUUAAUGAAUCUGUACGACUGCGAGGAGGAUGAGGUGCCUGAGCUGGAAAUAGAUGUGGAUGAGCUGCUGGAUCUGUCCAGUGAUGUUGAGAGAGCCAUUCGAGUGAAGAUGCUGCUGGUCGACUGUUAUAAGCCUAAUGAUGAUUUUGUAGCGGCGUUGCUGGAGAAGGUCCGAGGGAUGCAGAAACUUAGCACCCCCCAGAAGAAAGGGGAGCUGACGCCAUGAAGUCACCACAGCUCCUCCCACCACCACAAAACCAACCUGUCACUCCAAACCCAGAGGAGAGAUGCAGGCAUGCAGACCCAACCACUAAACCACAGCGUCUGUCAAAUGGAGAUCAAUGAUACGAGUCCAGCCAAGCCAAUCUCAGCUGCAGGUUGAACACUCCAAACUGUUUUUACUUCGUCUUAGUACUGUUUCAGCAUAUAUUACAUGUAGAGAGUGUGGUAGUGUCCCUUUAGCUUAAAACUCCUGUGGUGAUUUAGGGAAAGGAUUCGAACGGUUGAUGUUACAGUUUCACUGUUCACUAAUAUAAAUUUUUUU